AUGUCACAAGAUUCCGAACGCCGCCUCUCGCGGGCCUCCCUUGCUCCUCCUGCUGAGAUAGCGGGUCCUUCUACCCCAAUCAAACGUGCAUCACUUUCAGCGUCGCCCGUUCUUAGUAUCAUCGCCGCUAGCCAUGCUUCACAAUCUGAUAAGAGUAAAUUCCCGUCGCCUCCGCCACUGUCUUCCUCUGACAUGACACCUCCGCCUUCGUCUCAAGUCCCACCGGCGCCCCUGCGACGCUCACGCUCGCGGUCGCGCUCAAAUUCAUACCUCGCAUCGCCACCCGAUCUCGAAAAGACUCUUUGCGCUGCAUAUGGGGCGUCAGAGAACCUUCCGUCUGCUGAAGAGAUUGAGACGGCAGAUGAAAUGCGACUUCGCAUCAUCGCGAAGGAAUUGCUCGGCGUUGCGCAAGAAGCCCGCAUGUCAGCACUUCACUUCAAGUUACAACACAGUCUGCUUUCAUUUGCGAGCAACGAGGCAGUAAAACGCGCUGAGGUGGAACAACAGUUGGCUAGGAGGGAGGUUGAGAUCCUGCAGAGUUCAGAGUAUCGCAAUCGUCAUUUAGUCACUGAGAUCAAGUCUGCACAGCCUGCUUCUAAUGUUGUCGAGCUUGAAUCGGCUCUGAAGCAUAAUCAAGAAUUGGAGAUGGUCAAUGCGACGCUGGAUCGCAGGCUGCGCCGUGCAAAGAAGAUGAUAGAAGAGGAGAAAGAAAAAAGCGAACACCUGGCCGAGGAAAAUUUAUUGCUCAAAAAGCGUAUCCGAGACAACCGAGAGCAUCUCUCUCUCAUGCUUGAUCAGGGAUCCUUAUCUCCCAACUCUCAGACCGAAUACCAGACACCUCAACGGAGGUUUAACUCUCGCUUCUCGGAUCACAAUGCCAGCCCUCACCUUAAUCACAACAACCGCCAUGAUCCGUUUGCUGCUCUUCUUGCGGCAGACAAGGUCCUUAACCGCGGCGCUGCUAGCGUCAAUGCCUCUCCGUACGGACAGAGAAUGUCAAGGCCUCAACCUGGUGGCCACGUUCGCGGGAGCCACUCAAUCUCCUCGCUACCAAUGACACCGACUCCUCCCCGCAUCGGCACUGCUCGCAACGAGGAACAGUAUAUGACCCCUGCGCACCAUUCACGGAAUGAUCGUCCCCUAGGCUUCUCAUCAGACACCAACCAGGCGGACCACGGUGGCUAUGAUCGAGACAGCACGAUAUCGGCAUCGGAUGGAGAGGCGGUAACCGACGAGGAUGUACCUGGGUCUCUGGUUAGUUCUGUUGCGGCAGACACGCGUCGUCAAAAUCCUACCGAUGACAAUCUUGACCACCACGCGGCAACCAGAGUUCCCAAAUCCAGCACUCUUCUCCAGACGAAGCUUUUUGGCCAAGUACGAAAGCCAGGCACCGAACCUUCUCCCCGCUUUACGAAGCGUAAAGCAAGCUUUGAUGGCGACAAUAUCGCCUCAAAAAAGUCAAGACCUGCUGAAGAGGUCGGUCUGGGAAUCAAGACAUGGGGUGUAGAGCACACUUGA